AUGCUCGCCCCACAGCCGUGGCUGCCUCUGCUGCUGCUGCUGCUGCCGCCGCUGCUGUUGGCAUCUACCGUCGCGCCGACAUCGUCCACCUCGUAUCGUGGCUUCUUGGUUUCACGACGCCUGCAUUUUUCUCGUGUGAACGGCAGGCGCGCGCUGUACCGGGUGACGUUCACUGACCAACAGCUGCCGCUGCUGGACCACCUGAGGAAGAGCACAUCCAUUAGGGCCUGGAAUGCGCCGGGGCAGCCGACUUACGUGGUGAUGGUUCCGCCGCAGCUGCACCGCUACUUCCGCGAGAAACUCCGGCGCCAAGGCGUGGCUCACCAGCUGCUCGUCCCAGACGUGGAACAGAUCUUUCAGAGGAAGCAUAACAUACAAUGGAAGCCCAUGGCUCAAAACGAUGGCGGCACCAGUAUUUCUUUUUCGAGGUACCACCGAUACGACGAGAUACGGCAGUACCUGCUGGAUCUGGCGGCGAGCUUCCCCAUCAGGGUGAGAGUGGAGACCAUCGGACAGAGCUAUGAGGGUCGACCCUUAGACGUGAUACAGAUCUCGUCCGGCGGCGAUGGUGCGCGACCAGUGAUCCUGAUGGACGCAGGUAUCCACGCCAGGGAGUGGAUCGCGCCCGCCGCCGCCCUCUACGUCAUCAAUCAGCUGGUCGAGAAUGGAGUACACAGCUCUCUCGUCGACAGCAUCGACUGGCACAUUCUACCACUUCUCAACCCUGAUGGAUACGAGUAUACCUUCACAACGGAUCGCAUGUGGAGGAAGACUCGCUCUUUUGGUCCUUUUUUGUGCAGAGGAGUGGAUGCCAACAGGAAUUUCGACUUUCACUGGAACGAGGUUGGCACCAGUGAAUCGUCCUGUGGCGAGGCCUACGCCGGAGAGGGCCCUUUCUCUGAACCUGAGACAAGAGCACUGAGGGACUACGUACUCAAGAACGCUGAUCGCAUAAAGCUUUACCUUACGUUACACAGCUACGGAGGAUACAUAUUGUACCCUUGGGGAUACACCACUGAGCUGCCCGAGGACUGGGAAACACUGCACGCACUGGCAAAAGAGGCCAACGCCGCACAGAUCGCAGCAGGAGGCCAGAACUUUACUAUCGGCAGUUCCAGAAACGCCAUGUAUCCAGUGUCUGGUAACAGCGACGACUGGGUGAAGGCCGUCGCUGGAGUGCCUCUGUCAUAUACCAUCGAACUCCCUGCUGGAGGAAGCCAGGGUUUCGACCUUCCAGACUGCCGGGGAAAAAUUGAAGAGAGAAAUCUGCUCAAAAAUUUGACACUGGAGAAAGAGGGCAAGUACGAAAAGAUGUAUCAAGUAGCCAAGGAAAUAGUAUUUCAGGGAAGGAAGAACAAAACAAACAUGGAGAUAGAAGGGAAAGAUGGAACUCUUUUGCGUGACCCACACGCUGUUCAGAAUAGAUGGAAAGAAUAUAUUGAAACUCUCUAUGAAGCAGAUCAAAGACCUUCCGAUCUGCAGAUGGAGAAGGAAGAAUCAGUAAAUGAAGAUGAAAAAGGAGAUUUUUACCCUGGGUUCAGGGGUAAAUAA